AUGUCUUCUUUCAACCUUGCCUUGGUCGACAAGCCUGUCCUGGCCACUCAGGGUUUCGACCUGCCCAAGUCAGUCAGUCUGGUUGCACAGCUUGUAUGUGAGAGAAGGGGUGUGGGGGCGGGGCUGGAGGAGGCUGGGGUGCUGGUGCUGGAGGAGGUUGGGGUGCUGGGGCUGGAGGGGCGGUUAGUGCUUGGUUUCCGAGGGGCUGCAAAGCUGGCAAACGGCUUGGUGAUCUCUGCACUGCACUUGUUGUGGUCAGUGCUAUGCCAUUGUUUUGGGACCCUUUGUUUGCAAAUGGUGGCUCUAGGAGAUGUACUGAAGAUGGCACCAGUGCAGGACCUGGGCCAUUUGUUGGGGAGGAAUGAGGGGGGUAUAAAGAGGAAGAUGAGAGCAGCGCAGGUGCUCUCAGAUAUCCUGCAGAGACCUCGCAAGUUCUCCAAUGAGGGGGUUGUGUUCCAGCAGGAUUAA